AUGACCUUUCAACAAGAAAGUCUAUGCGAGACCCGCCGCAAAAUCAAGCGCGAGCGCGCCGAGGAGCAAGCCUUCCGCGCCCAGGUCCUCGAGCUCUUCGCGCUCGUCGCCAAGGACCUCUACACCCUUACUGCCUGUGUCAGGGCCGCGGGUUAUUGGUGGUGCCAUCUCCCGAUUCCGUGCAAGAUCGGGGCGAUCGAGUUCCCGCUCUUGCGAGAGCUCACCUACAUCGCUCUCCCAGUCCCCGACUAUCUCAACUUCGCUCCUUUCCCCCGCCCUCAUCUCGACCUCUUGGUCUUUGUGGGCUAG